AUGGCCUCCACAGUUCCUAAAGAUCCCCAUAAAGUCAGUAGGGAUGAAGCAAAAGCAAUAAUCGAAGACAUCAGACGGGAUGUACUGGGAAUCAACCCCUGUUACAAGCUAGAGUUACAAAAAACAGAGCAAUGCUUUCAGGACCAUUAUCGACAAAUGUCCGAGCAGAAAAACAGAAGGUUGGAAAAAGAUUCUGAAAUUGCUUUGCAACAUGAUGCAGCUUACGAAGGCAACGACAUUCCAUCUUUGAUCUUUCGGCUUCGAGCAAAAGAGAUUUUGAUCGAGUCUAAUGAACGAGGGUUCACACAAGCCGAUGUGGUCUCGAUCUGCUCUGUUGGUGAGAGUUCAAAGAAGGACAAUCAUCAGACUACAGGGGACGAGGGCAUUGGCUUCAAAUCUGUGUUUAGUGUUGCUAACAAGGCACACAUACAGUCAAACAAUUGGUCUUUUAGGUUCUGGUACCAGCUCGAUAUUAGGAACGCAUCGGCAAUCGCGACACCAGAGUGGACUGAACCAUCAACUGAGCCACUACCUUCUGGCUAUACCACAAGAAUAAGACUGUCGCUGGAAAGAUGUGAUCCUGAAGACCUGGGUGAACUGAUUAACGUAUUUGACGAGCUCCCAACUACACUUCUGUUUGCCCUACGCGCAGUGAGAAAGAUUGAGAUAAUCUACGAAGAUGUCUUGGGACGCAACGAGCAACAAACUUUGUUCCUCGUGCAGGCAGAUUUCAUUCUUGCCCCUGACCGUAAUGCUAUACUCAAGAAUAGGUGGAACAAUGCCUUGCGCGAUGGUAUUGUCCAGUGCUUCGUAUCAGCUGUCGAAAAGUUCACAGAGCCUGCAGAUCCGCUGAGCCAUAAAUGGGUUUCGUUCCUCCCUGUCUCAUCCGCGGAGCUAUUUUGGGAGAGUUUUCAUGAAGAUAUUCACAAACAAUUGGCGUGUCUUCGCAUUUUGUACACUAAGGGUGGCAAGAAGAAGUCGCUACGCUGCGUUAUGGACCUCCCACCCGAAAUGAUGUUUGAAAACGAGCCCAUUCUACCAGAUCUGGCCGAUGAUGAUGGUGAUGAUGAUGAAUUCAGAUAUCUAUCGCCGCACUACACACGUGAGCAUGUGAAGAGAUUGAAGAUUCUCGGAGUGCAGACAAUCAGUCCGGUUGAGGUGUUCAGACGCCUUUUGCUAGUCCUAUGGAAUAAAACCCCGAACAGUCUUCAUAAAAAAUGUCUUGCCGACGGUUGGCAUACAGCAAUGAUCGGUAUCUUGCAGUACCUGAUAGAUUUGGGGUGGGGAUCUGGGGUAUUGAAUAAGAAGAUCAUUCCCCUGAUAACACGCCUUGACUAUCCAGCAACUGUAGAGUGGGUGUUACCAGAAGGGACAGGCGGUGACAUCACUUAUCUGCCCAGAGCAAUCGACGGACCACAUUUCAAGGUCGAUAUACCUGACAGCUUUGACUUACAACGUCUCCAUCCGGAGUGCUAUACGAUCGAUAAAAGACGACUUUUCUAUGAGAGUUUGGGUAUUGGCACCUGCCCCGAACCUGUUCUACGAAAAGCAGCUCUGGAUGCAGAAGUAUCGGCGAUACGCCCAGACAGGUCAAAGAUUCAGUUGCUCAAUUCCAAAUACUAUUUUGGCUGGACCUUGCCGUCCACAAAGCUCUUCUUCCGAACAGAUAAGGAAUACGAUGUUCAGGACCUUCUGGGAGAGGUCCCUAUUGAUGCUGUACCAGGCACGUACGGCUUUCUUCAUCAAUCCUACACUGAGAAUCCUGCGGAGAGUAUUCCUUCCCGGCAUGGUCAGACGUGGCAUUCAUGGCUGAAUGAAUGCUCGGGCGUUUGCUCUUUCCCUACAUUAUUGGAUAGCAGCAAUAAAUUGCACCCAAUAUUACAAAAGACGGCAGAAACCAACAGCGUGAAAUUCCUAGGAUGCUUACACAAAUACUGGGAAGGAAGCUAUCAGCUGGAGGAAGUUUCUGAAGUUGAGACAACCCUGAAGGAGCUGUUGGUGAUCUGUCGGAACGGGACUAAGCAAUGCUUGAGCACCACGAUUCUUCCAACGACAACGCUGCUGUCAAGAAGUGAGGGGCUUGAUCUCUCCAGCACCCUCCCGUUCCUCAAGCUGCCAGUGGAGAUUGACCCGGAAAUGGAAGAUUCGUGGAGAUUUCUAGAAUGCUUUGGUGUCACUGUCGACGUCAACCUGGACUAUCACUUUUCAGCACUCGCUGCUACGAAAGACGAACUUGAAAAACGCAGCAAGGAAGGCGCGGAUUGCCUGGCUUGGGGCUUACGUACAUGCAGUAAGAUAUACAGGGACAUCGCAGAUGUUGUGACCCAGAAGGAAUCGUCGAUUUUGAGAGCCAAAUUUUCAAAAAUGAAGGGGAUAUUCAUCCCAUGGAAAGUCAACCCUUGGUGUGCCCCUGAAGACUUGUUUUGGAGUGGUGAAAGCAUUACCUUAAAACCUGUCCUGCGCGAGAUAUAUAAUCACGGGGAUGCAAAUGCGAGACGAUUGUUUGUUGAGAUAGUUGGGGUUUGCGAACCAUCAUAUGGGGACGUUUUGCUUGAGAUCGAAGAGAUUAAAUGCAACGGUAGUCCAUCAGUCGAACUGCUUUCUGUUCAUUACCGGACUCUCUCAGAUCUGGGUAAGGAUCUAGCGACCAAAGAGCUGAUUAGGCAUGAGUUCACCGAACACGGCUACAUAUAUGCUCCUGGUAACAGAUGGCUCUUGACCUCGGAAACGAUUUGGCAAGGCACUGCCGACUUAACUGGACGGACAACCAUUGGACCCUGGUAUCCAGACCUCGAGGACUUCUUUCGAAAAGAUAUCGGAGUCGUUACCCAGGAUGUAGUAAUGCUACUUGGAAAGAUAGCGAGCGCUGCAGAACGAAUUGAGAGGAAUUCCAAAAGCAGCACCGAUGCCUCUUUUGAUCUAGAAACUUUCAAACGACUUAGAGAGUUACUAAUUGUCACGGGCCAAGUGAUUCAAGUCACAACACGGGACGAAGAGGUAAAAGAUUGUUUAAACAAGCUCAAAGCAUGUUGCUUCCUACCAUGUACCCGUGGAAAGUUCAAAUCGCUUAACAAACCUGGAAGUGCUUUCUUCAUUGCCGACAACAAAAGAUACGCAACUCUCUUUUCCGGCCAGCUCAGGUUCCUGGACUUCGACGACGCUGAAAUGACCUUCGUGUAUCCUCUUCUUGAUGCCCUCGAUUUGUUGGGGGCAUCCUUGUCGCAGCACGUUACCGUUGUUAUCAAUGCGAAUGUAGCCAAGGGAAGGAGCUUGACGCACCUGGAACUCACCUCUUACCUUCGACACAGAGCAUAUGCUAUCUCUUGUUGUGCGGUCAUCUUUGAGGGCAGACCCAUCACAGUAAACAGUGCAAGGCCUUCUCUGAUGGUCGAGGAGGCGGAGGAAGGUAUCGAGAUCUUUGUACCGAGUGUUUUAGCCGACAUCCAUACCUGUUUUCGUACUGAUUUGCCACCGGAGCUUGCGAAAGUCCUGCGAAUCGAGAAUCCAGAGGCGAAGAAGCAACUCUACCGGAUUAUCAACGACGUACCGAAUGCACUGGAAAGAAUCAUGGCAGAGGAAGAUCUUGCACCCGCGACAUGGCUUGAGAACACGUGCCGAUUUAAUGUUGGCUCGGCGACUGGAGCCAGGGUUCCGAACAACUCCCACCGUGCCUCGACAGAGAAGUCUUGCGAUAGCGUGUACCAACGUUUCCUGGAAAGGCUCAUUCGACACGCGAGAGAAGCCAGUGGUGGAUGUUCUCCCGCGUCUGCUACGCAGUGGAGCUUCGAGAAUGAUAAUGAUAGCAUUCGAGAUUUUCUUGGGCUGAGGCAUGAGAAAACGGUGAAGAAGGACAAGAUCAACGCAGCUGGCGAGCUCUACGUCUUUGAGCGUCUGCGUGCCCUGAAUCUGGCGGGUUUCUCUACCACCAACUGGGUCAGCCGAAUUCGAGACCGCGUCAACGUCGUGCCAGAAUACAAUGGGCUUGGGUUGGGCACCUCUGAGAAGGAGGCGGACCUGUUCUACGAGGCCAGCAGCGGAGAUUUUGAGGCUUUCUUGCGGCAGUACUCGAAAUUGAUGCCAUUUCCUCCAAAUUGGGGUGAAUUUCACUUGUUCAGGGAUCAAACCGUCACAUAUCUAAUAUUGGUCGAUGCUACGACUGAGCGGUUCUGCAGCACUCAAUUUCGCGUGACCGAGGAGCAGUACAAGAAAAUGCGAGAGCACCGAAGCAUUUUUGGAUUGAGGCCACACGUGGUAUACGUGGUAUGCAGAGUGUACAACCUACUGGGUACGGUUGGUCUGGAUGUCGCGCUGGAUCCCUUGGGGCCACUGGUAAAUGGUGUUACGCUGAAUAUCACAUCGAUAAAGGCCAGGCUCGCUGAGAUUUGA